UUUCAAUUUCAGAUGAAAACACCUGCGAUACAAAAUGAUUUCAGUUAUUACAGACGUAUCGUCAGUCGACAACGUAUUGAUGCCACAAAUAAUAUGUUGGUACCAACUGAACUGGCGAAUCGUAUGUCAUUGUUUUAUGCCCAUGCCACACCAAUGUUAAAAGUCUUAAGUGAAGCUACCUCGAAAUUUGUAAAUGAUAAUGCUGAUGAUGUUGAGAAUACAACAGAAACACUGGGUACAAUGGCUAAAGUGUGUCUGAGAAUGUUGGAAAAUCCUAAACUCCUACAACAAAUCGAACGUGAAGAAACCCACCUGCUUGUUUUAAGAGUUAUGGUCGGUUUAGUUAUUCUCUACGAUCAUGUCCAUCCAGUGGGGGCGUUUGCACGCGGUGCUCAUGUCGAUGUCAAAGGUUGUGUACGUCUCUUACAAGCUCAGCCAGCCAUAAAAGCAGAACCCCUGCUAAAUGCUCUGCGGUAUACAACCAAACACUUAAAUGAAGAAAAUACGCCCAAAAAUAUACGAAAUUUAUUGGCAGCAUAAUACACAAAGAGGAGCAGUUUUUUAAAACAAAUAGAUGAAGUGUGCUGUUGUUAGCAUUUUAUUUUAUUUUAUUUUUUUUUCUGUUUGGAAAACUGAGAGAUAAAAACACCGUUUAUUUUAUGUAUUUUUUUUUAUUUUAUUAUUUUCUAAUAUUUUUACCAUUUGUAUGUAUGUGCUUGUUUUAUUUUUUUUAAUGUUUUUUUUUUUUAAUUUUGUUUAUUUAAGUUUAAUUAUUAUUUUUUAUGAUUAUUUUUAAACAAAAGUUGUGGUUGUAAAGAAAAAGAAAUGAAAACCAAAAUUAACUUUACUUUAUAGCAACUUUAUAUGUAUUUUACUAUAAAUCACCAGCAAUAUAAAUAAGUUUUUUUUUAGUUGUUUCCGAUUUUAAAUGUUAUGAUUAAGAAGUUCUUGUUUUACAAAUUGUUGAAGUUAUAAAUGUGGUCGAAAAUAUUAAGUGGAGAGUUUGUGGGACUGUAUAACACUAUCCCUUUAACCCUUCUUCAACGAAUAAAGAAUUAAAACUUUUCUUAAACAUUAAACAUUUUUCUUAUUAGUAUUCUUUAGCUGUUCUGUUUUGUUAAGUAAUUAAUUAAAUUAUAGUGAAAAAUCGAGUAACGAUUAUAUAUUGUAUAAAUAAGUAAUUAUUGUUUUAUUUUUAUAUAUGUAUGUGAUUAUUUUUUUUAUUAAGAUUUUACUAUAUGCAUAUUAUGUUUUAUUUUAAUUAAUAUCCUUUUUUGCUUCAACUUCAACUUCGUUUUGCUGGUGUCAAUUAGAUUUUACCACACACACACACACAAUAUGCAUUUAAUUAUUGAAACAAUAAUGAGUCCAUAUCCUUUUUAUAAAAUAAAUUCCCUAAAUAAUAUUUAAAGCAAAACUAGAUAAAUACUAUAAAUAAUUAAAAACAAUAAACUUUUUAUAAUACAUAAUUGGUUUUUUAAAAAAUUUAAUAAUAUCUACUUUUUUUAUUUUAUGUUUAAACUAAAGGAUUAAUUGUAAAAAUAACUAACAAAAAAAAACUUUUAAAGUUAUAAUUAAAGAAAUUGUCUUAAAAGAAAAUUGAAAAUUAUAUCAUACUUGAGAAGAAGUAAAUUUAAACAAAAUAUUGCAAUUAAUAACAAAAAUAACAAAGAAAUUUAGUAAAUAAUUUAAAUAAUAUAACAUAUUAAAUGGCAAAUACAUAUAGUUGUAAUUUUAUAAAACAAAAGAAGUCCCCUAUAGUGUUUUAAUAAAGAUUUUCAAAUACACAUAACUUUUAGAAAUUUGUAAAAGAUUUUAGGUCAUAACUUAAGCCUACAAGUUGAAAAUCAAUAAACAAAUUGAGAGAUUUCAAAAACCCUUUUAUAUCCUUCAAUAACUUUUUCUUAACUUCAAGUGUAUAAUGAAAACCUUAAACAAUCUACCCCAAGUUCUACAUAUUUUAGAGAAUAAAACAACAACUUUUAAAGCAAAAUUUUUAAAAUACAAAUCCUAUACUUUCAUAGUCCUUAAACUAUAAAGAAGAUUCUUAAACAUACAAAAACUAUAAACUUUAUCGUGGCUUAAAACAAAACAAAAAUCAUAAUAUAAACAUAAAAAACCUUGUUAAUUUCUAAAAAAACAAAACUUCCCAAGGUAAAAUUUAUUUAUAAAUCAAUAAAUAUUCAAGUGCUUUCAUUUUCCCACUCUUUUUAUAUAAUCUCCUUCCCCUUAAAAAAAAAGUUCUACUUUAUUAAUACCUAUGAAAAAAAUGAGUUCAAUCAAAAUUUUAUUUUUACUUUUUUUAACAAUAAGAUUUUGUAUGUAUAAUCCCAACAAAUUGCAUUUAAAAUUGUUUUUUAACAAAAUUAAAAAAAAAGUGAAAUUAAAACGUUAAUGAAAUUUGUAGUGAAAAUAUUUUAUGCGCAAAUUUUUUUUAAAAAUUGUAGUAUUUAUAUCCAAUUAGUUUGUUUUUCUUUUACUUUUUUAUUGUAUUUAACUAAAUUUAAUUAAUAAUAAUAAAAUAAAUAAAAAAUUAUAUAAAUAAUGUUUGUACCAAAAAUUUAAAGAACAAAAAUAAUAAAAAUAAAUAACAAAAAUCACUAAAUUUAAUUAAAACAAAUAAAAUCAUGUAUUUAUAUAAGAAAAAAUUAAAAAAAGAAGAGAAAUUUAAAAUAAAAUCUAUUAGUAAAAAACAU